ACUUCCGCUGUCAGGGUGAUUUACACAAAACGCGUAUACAUGCAAGUUUAGAUAAUUCAGAAUAAGUUCAGUAUACAGCAAGUGAUUUAUUCCAAUUUACUAGUCAAGUACUAUGUUAUACUCGAAAUGACGAUUUUAAACAUUAUUCAUAAUUUCAUAUUUAUCUUCGUUUCUUAUUUGUGUUCCUAAAAAUGUACAAACCAAUAUGGCAGCGUCCAUGGACACUUUUCCCGUCCAAGUGCCGAAACCACUGAAGUGUUUUCGCACUUUGCGCAGCGUAAAAGUGCCAACAACAUAUUUACAGUAGUGAGUAGUUAAGUUACAGUGGUGAUUAAAACUAGAUAAAAGAAAACCUGCUGCUUAGUACGUGUAGGUGGACCGGGGGCGGGACAGUUCAACUGUCAGUUGAGUCUUGAAGCUGUCCAGGCUGACUGCUACCACCAGGGGUCCGGGCAGGCUGUUCCACAAUCUUUUCAACUUUGACAAGUGUUUAUUAAAAAUGGAAUCGGAUCGUUUGAAAGACAUUUCCUUUUCCUCAUCCAGAAGAUCUAGAUCAAAAAAGCGGAAGAAAUUGAAGAAAAGUAAUCAAAAGAAUAGCAGUUCAUCGGAAGAAAGGAAUGGUAACUCUGGUUCAAGUGAAUCCUCUUCAGACAGUGAUUACCGAUCUAGAAAACUGAAGAAAAAUAAGAAGAAAAAGAGAAGAAAAAGUUACGAAAGUAUGAAAGACAUUUCCUUUUCCUCAUCCAGGAGAUCUAGGUCAAAAAAGCGGAAGAAAUCAAAGAGAAGCAGUUCAUCAGAGGAAAGCGAUUGCGACUCUAGUUCAAGUGAAUCCUCUUCUUCAGACAGUGAUUACCGAUCUAAAAAACAUAAGAAAAAUAAAAAGAAAAGGAAAAGAUCUCGAAGUUCAUCAUCGUCUUCAUCAUCAUCACCUGUUCGAAAAAAGAAGAAAAAAGAAGUCCACAAAAAACAUAAAAAGAAGAAAUCAAAGAAAAAGCUGAAGAAAAGCAAAUCAGAGAAAGUUAACUGUCCAAUUGCUGAGCCUAAAGUUGUCAAGAAGUCAGACCCAAAACUUUCAGAUAGUAGUAAUCAAGGUCCAUCACCCCGUGUCAUGAAACCUAUGACAAAGGAAGAGUGGGAGAAACAACAAAGCAUAGUGCGGAGGGUGUACGAUCCUGAAACAGGACGCAAUAGGUUAGUCAAAGGAGAUGGAGAGAUUUUGGAAGAAAUUGUGAGCAAGGAACGUCACAAACAAAUCAAUAAGCAAGCAACACAAGGAGAUGGUUUGUUUUUCCAAACAAAGCUGGGAAUCCACGAUAAAUGACUGCCAAUAUUGAUGUGAUUUGAAUAUGUAUUUCAGUAGGAACAGUAAAUUCAAAUGUUGCGAAGAAAAAUGUUUUUGUAUUUUGUUAAAAGAUUUGGGGUGGUGUCGGAGGUCUUUGUACAGAUGUCAAUAAAAUUCACUGACUGUA